AAAAACAUCAUCUACAUCUACCUGGUCUGGAAACCAUCCCAUUUGCCUUAUCAUGUUGUUCGCCAAGUGCAUCCUAUUUAUGAGCCUGAGCCUUAUUGGCACUGUCACCGCCAUUCCAUUAAAUGUACUUCAUUUGAAGAGGAAUGUGAAUCCAGCUCUAGUUCCGCCUUUUGGUUGGCAGUCUGGGAUUGAUCCUGACGGUACUGGGAAUUGCGCAGGAGCGGUCAAUGGUACCAAUGGCCAACCUAUCCAAAUUCCUUGCCAAUGCCCUCCCAAUUCUACCUUUUUCCUCGCAUCACUCAACAAAAAUGUAGCUGCUGGCUUUGUUGUCAACAAUCCGACCGUCAAGCUCACCUUCCCAACCGAUAA